GACAUUUAUACUAGACUGGAUAUUCCAGCACGUUGGGGACUCAGGACAACCAUGAUCAAACCAAUGAUCAGCACAGAGGAGAUACAAACAUUUUGGAUGCUUUUUAGGCUUGAAAUUAUUUGGGACUUGGAAAACUUGUGAUUUACUAAUUUGGUGGAAAGAAGAGAAAGUAUAAAACUAAUUCAUUUGUAUUCAAGUAUCCAAGUGCUCUAAAUUAAGUUCACUUUUGAGUGUACUCAUUUCUAUAAAGACCCGGAACCAAAGAUGAACUGGGCAUCAUUUUAUGCUGUCAUCAGCGGGGUGAACAGACACUCUACAGGCAUCGGUCGCAUCUGGCUCUCUGUCCUGUUCAUUUUCCGUAUCCUGGUUCUGGUGGUGGCAGCGGAGAGCGUGUGGGGCGACGAGAAGUCCGGCUUCAUCUGCAACACCCAGCAGCCGGGCUGCAACAGUGUCUGCUACGACCACUUCUUCCCCAUCUCCCACAUCCGCCUCUGGGCACUCCAGCUCAUCCUGGUCUCCACCCCUGCGCUGCUGGUGGCCAUGCACGUGGCCCACCGCCGCCACGUCGACAAGAGGCUCUACAAACUAUCCGGGCGGACCAACCCCAAAGACCUGGAGCAGAUAAAGACGCAGAAGAUGAAAAUCACAGGGGCUCUCUGGUGGACGUACGUCAUCAGCCUGUUGUUCCGUAUUGUCUUUGAGGUCACCUUUAUGUAUUUGUUUUACAUGAUCUACCCUGGUUACAAGAUGAUCCGGCUGGUGAAGUGUGACUCGUACCCCUGUCCCAACACGGUGGACUGCUUCGUGUCGAGGCCCACAGAGAAGACUGUCUUCACCGUGUUCAUGUUGGCUGUGUCAGGGGUUUGUAUUCUGCUCAACAUUGCAGAGGUGUUCUUCCUGGUGGGGAAGGCCUGCGGUAAGCAUUUGCACACUGCUGGAGACUCGACUAUGGGGGUCUGGAUCCAACAGAAACUCUGCUCCUACUAACAACACAGAUUUCAAACCCGUACAAAGGGACUUAUAGGGACAUAUAACUGGCCUUAUAUCCAGGUGACAGCCAUUCAUUUAACUUGGGUAAGGAGCAUAUAGUAUACCGUACAUCGCUGUUUGACAUGGAGAUGAUUUAUCCAGUGGUUUAUAAUCUCAGUGACAAAGCAUUUGUAUAAAACUUCAAAAGAUUCCCACAGGAACUACAAGCAGUACUGUAUCAACUUUUCCUGGCAUGAACCUAAAGACUGUACACAGCAGAACGCUGUACUGACAUAAUGUAAUAGCUUGAUGUUAAGCCAAAAGUUAAAUCAAGUAAUAUUUUAUAAAGCAAUAUUCCUACUGACCACAUUUUAGGUUUUCAUUGUACUAUUGUUGGUACUACAACGGUGGACGAUUUUUGGUCUUGAAAUGAAAAUAUUGAAAUGUGACGCAUGCUAUUUAAAGUUGUCGGAUUGUGUCAGAGAAGUGGGCUGGGAAUACGAUGUAGUAAUAUCUUGGGCAUUUACAUUUUUAAUAUUCUGUUAUUUACAUCAAACAUCCUGCUUUUGCCUAAAUCGCCAUGAAUUGAAUCCAAUUGACUGGAGGAUUUAUGGCUUUUCUUCAGCUGUAAUUAGCGAGAUGUUGCUCUAAUACAUAGAAAACAUGUGAAAUUAUAACAUUUUUGUUUAAUUCCAAUAUUUAACUUUGGUGCUUAAAUCAGAUAUAAACAAAGCAAUAACUUUCAACAUCAAAAGAAAACUUGAAUUGCAAACUUUUCUUCUAAAAUGCUAGUGAUUGCUAAACAUGUUAUUUAAAUUCCUUCACUUUGAAGCUGGAUGCUUAUUUAUUAUCGGUACACAGCAGAAUAAAAUCCACCGGAGUUUGUGUAAUUGUGUAAUUUUUACUAGGUUUUCUCACUAAACCUAAAAUGUGAUUUACAAAUAAGAAAGAAAUGUUUAUACAUGCUGAAAGGACUCAUGUGAAAUGUCUAUGGUUUCUUCUGAUUUUACUCCAAUGGAAGUCCAACAGGUUGAAAUUGUAUUUUAACAUUCUGACAAAGAGGAAAUAGUUCAUGUAAUACCUGAAAUCGCCAGAAAGCAGCAGUAGUCUGCAUGAAGAAAUUAUCACAACAGUCACAGUGGUGCCACUUUCUGUGAUUCUCCUCAGCUGUCAGCAGCGGAACUGGUAGAACAACAACAAAAACAAAAGAAUGAAACAUCAUCUGAGAUCCUCGGAGACGUUUUGCCGCCUGUGAGGAAACGUCUCAGGCCGAUUAAGUUCUUCUUAAAAGCUCAUUCUGAAGACUAUGGGACAGAGUUUUGGGUUAUCAAUAGCCUGGCCAUGUAAGGGGUCAGUGUGUGGGUGACAUAGGUUGACCCCACGGACAGCUGGAUCUGCCUGACCUCUUUUUAUGGAACGUGUCGAUACACACCAUCUAUUGGAGCUCAGAUUGUCAGCAAAAACAAACUCCAAUCUGUUACACGUUAUAUGUGGGGCAUCUCAGUCCCAUGAGUUGGAAAAGUUAGUUUGUAGAAGGUCAUUACAAGGAUGAUGAUUUUAUUUUAUUUUUUAUUAUUAUAGGAAAUUAGUCAGUUAUUGGGUUAGAAAACUCAGCUACAACGCUGCUCAACUGUUUCAUUAAUCAGUAGUCGUCUUGUUGGAUGAUAUGUAUGGAGGAGAUCAGGCUUUAUUGGCAAAAGUUGUCACUGAUCAACUACAACCAUGUUGUGUGGCAAUGGUGCUCAUUAUGAGUGUCAUAUUAUGAUGUAAAGUAUAUAACAGUGUAUUGUGGGGGUUUUGUUACUGAUGCAAUCAAAUGUAAGCAGACUUUUAAUGUGUAGCAACUUUGAUCUAAUUUAGAGUUUGACUUUAGAGUUUGACUUUAGAGUUUGACUGUAAUCUGUAACAAAUGGUACAUAUUUUAUAGCUGAUUGUGUGUUUUGGAUGAAAAUUUGAAUGUAAAGGUAACAACAGCUGUCAAAUAAAUAUAACAUUUCAGUGA